AGAUCACAGCUCAUCCGUGAAGACGUACUGUCCAACAUAAGAGCCAAAUAUGGAAUUAGACUCUAUUUAUCAAAAUUUUGAAUGCAGAAAUACUGAGGACACAUCUGGACCUCGAACUCUGAAUCACAAGCAGAAUGAAGGAAAAGAUGAAAAUCGCAGAGGAAGUAGAUGUUUGGUGUUGAUGACAGUGUGUCUCGGGCUCAUUUGUGUUCUUCUGCUGGUCAUCAUCAUACUGCAGCACAUCUUCAUCACAGCAGAGAGAGAAUCUCUGGUCAGUAGUAACAAGAUCACAGCUGAAGAGUUCAAUCAGAUCAUCAACAGCUUACAGGACAAUUACACUGAUCUAACACAGAAGAAACUGGAGCUGGAGACCAGAGUCAAAGAUCUCACUGUUGAAAAAGACCAGUUAAAGAACAGCUUCAGCUCUCUGAGUCAGAAGAAACUGGAGCUGGAGACCAGAGUCAAAGAUCUCACUGUUGAAAAAGACCAGUUAAAGAACAGUUUCAGAUCUUUGAGUCAGAAGAAACUGGAGUUAGAAAGCAAAGUCACAUCUUUGAGUGAUGAACUUUUGAGGUAUUUUUUCAUAUCUAAUGAAUCGAAGAGCUGGUCUGAGAGCAGGAAGUACUGCAGGGAUCGAGGAGCUGAUCUGGUCAUUAUCAACACUGAAGAGAAGCAGAGGUUCAUAUCUUCAAUCGCCAAGGAGAGAGUGUGGAUUGGUUUGUCUGACAUUGAGACUGAAGGCAGAAUGAUAUGGGUGGAUAAAUCAACACUGAAUCGAGGGUUUUGGUCCAAAGAUCAGCCGAAUGACUAUAAUAGAAAUGAGGACUGUGUUGAACUGAGCCCUGCAAAAGACCCCGUGAACAACUGGUUUGAUCGACCAUGCUCUGAGAUGAAGAAAGGCUUUUGUGAGAAGAACUAGAUUUAUCUAGUCUUGUGUUUUUGCUUCUAUUAUUUCAUUGAAUCGUUUUAAUUGUGAAUAUAUAAUUUCUGCCAGCUGAUGUUCAUAUGAAUUUAUUAAGAAAAAUGUAAAAUUGUCAUUAUUUUCUCUGCUGUAAUAAACUCACAACAUUCUCACGACGAAUUAGGGUGAUCUGAGACACCAAACCUCUGAUGUGUUCAUGACUUGCUCCAUCUCAAGCAGCUCUAUGAUAAUAUGAUCUUAUUCUGUUAUCAUGCGUCUCAUUUGUUAGUCUGAAGUGAUGAAGUGAAAAUCAUAGUAGAUUGCCCUGAUUCACCCUAUUAUUCUGAUAUUGAGUGUCUGUGAAACUGCCUUUGUGUUGUAUUGCUUUCACUUUCAAUAAAAUGGUCAGUAACCAUUAUUACUUUA